AUGAGCACUUGGAUCGGCACCUCACGCCUUAUAGAGGAGGAGAGACGUCCUUUCUAUAAAAUGAAGCAAUUCCACCCUGUUCACUCAAGAUAUACGGUUCUAGGAAAACUUGGGUAUGGGUCUUAUUCAACUGUUUGGCUGUGUCGUGACCAAAGCAAUAAGUAUGUCGCUGUCAAAGUACUUACCAGAACGUCCGUCCGUUCGGACCCAGCCUUGUCUAGAGAGCUAGGAGUUUACGAACACCUAAGCGGACUAAAUUCGUCGCAUGUUGGAAAUGCCUAUAUUCGUGGAAUUUAUGAUAACUUCGAACUUUCCAAUCCAUACGGAGUCUACCGGUGUUUGGUACAUCCACCAAUGCAUAUGUCGAUCAAUGCGCUACGAAUGAGAGCACGGUCUUCUAGAUUAAGUGAACCUAUACUUAAGCAAACCUUAAUUUGUCUUCUGCAAGCUCUCGACUUUCUUCACCGUGAGGCAAAUAUCAUAUCAAGGGCCUCGAACAUUAUGCUUAGCAUUGAAGAUGAGACACUCCUUACAGAAUUUCAAGAGAAUGAGCAAGAACAUCCAAGUUGGCGAAAGGUUGUGGAUAACAACCACGUUAUAUACGCCUCUCGGAAGCUUUCAAGGCCGCGCAAUGACUUAUGGGGCCAGCCGAAUAUCCAGCCCGAUAUAUAUAAAGCCCCCGAAGUGCAUUUUGACAUGCCAUGGAGUUUUAGCGCUGAUAUAAUCUGGGAUAUUUUUGAAAACAAACAUUUGUUUAAUGCGCUUGACGAAGACAAAGAAUAUUCUCCAUCCCAUCAUGUUGUCGAAAUGGUGGCUUACCUUGGUCUGCCACCACUUCACUUUCUCCAGCGAAGCAAAUGGUUGGGUGCAGGUGGUGUCUCCAUACCGUCAAUCAUGAUGGAGGAGUCGGAAGAAAAUCUCCGUGGUCAAGAUAAACAGCAGUUUCUCCAAUUCAUGCGCUCAAUGCUUCAAUGGAUCCCUGAGGAGAGAAAGACGGCGAAAGAACUAUUAGACGAUCCGUGGCUGAAGCCAAUUUCAACCAUUUCCCUUCUCGAUGAUUAA